AUGGAGACACCAAGAUUAUUGGUAAUUUUCUUCUUCUUUUUAACAUUAAAAACUAACAAACUAGCCGCGAACCAACUCUUCAGUAAUCAUACUCGAGACACUCACAACGAUGCUACUACUGCUGCUACUAGUAAUGAAACUACUACUCCAGUUGUGAUUGACAAGAAGUACACAUCGUAUUAUAGAAGAGGUGGUGGUGGGAGAAACAGAAGUGGUGGGGGGGGAGGCCGGUAUGGAUGGGGUUGGGGUGGUGGUGGUGGAGGUGGAGGUGGUGGAGGCGGGUAUGGAUGGGGAUGGGGAUGGGGAGGGGGAGGGGGAGGUGGUGGUUGGUACAAAUGGGGAUGUGGUGGAAAAAAUGGGAGAGGGGGAAGGAAUGAGGUAAUCCAUGGGAAGAGGGGAUUAUAUAGGUUGGGUGAAUAUGCAGAAUGCAUGGGAAGAGGAAGGUGUAGAGGCAUGAGAUUGGAUUGUCCUCUUCAUUGUGGUGGACCUUGUUUCUAUGACUGUCAAUACUUGUGCAAAGCUCAUUGCAAUCGCCCAAGUUGAUAUUUUUGUUCCAAAUCCAAA